CUUAAAUCAUGACAAAUACCUACAGGUUAUUCUUAGGACGCGACCGGGCAUGUGCAGAGAACUGAACAGGGGCCCUGGGCUUGUUGCGGUUUCUUCAAUCACGAGUUGGGGAAUUACACAUGGGCCGAGUCAGAAGGUAACUUUAUAUAGUCGAACAGUUAGACAGGCCCAGGAUCUUAAAACCAGUAGGGCGACCGCCGCUUACCUUAUAUGCCGGUGAACUCGUGACACUUUGUGUGGAAUCGUGUUAGCUGAGGUCAACUCCCACGCAAGGUCUACUGCAAGGGACGUGUCGUGUAUGCUGAAGCUCCAGAGCUCUUCUGGUGGUCGAAGAAGGUGGGAGAUCAGACUGUUGCGUUUCAAGUUCUGCAAGGCCAGGACUGUGUUGUACCAAGAUUCACCAUGAAAUCGAAAGAACAACUUGCCGGAUUGUGGCUUCUGUACGUCUACGGGAUCGUAUUACUGCUGCCUUGUGCCAACAGCGCAUUGCCCUGUCUCCAGGCCUGUCACUGUUACCGGCAUGAAGUUUAUGGCAAAACUAUGAACUGUGCACGGAAAGGUAUGCACAUGCCGCCACCCGGCAUUCCAAAUCCCACCAGAAAACUCAUUCUUCAAUACAAUUCCAUCCACAUGUUGAACCACACUCUAAACGGACCAGGAUAUAGCUUGCUGUACUACCUUGAUAUGAGUGGAAAUCAGAUGGUAGAUCUGGACCGGGAUGCCUUUGCCAACACGACUGAGCUCAUGGACCUAGACCUACACUUCAACAGACUUCGCUUCCUCCACAAGUCCAUCUUCCGUCCCUUGAAGAAACUACGUUGGCUUCACCUCUAUGGGAACUCUUUGACAUUUCUAGAGCCGGACUUGUUCGCCGGACUCAGCAACCUGGACGGGAUUUACUUGGGAUGGAACAAGAUCAGAUCGUUGCCGAUGGGAAUCUUCAAAAACCUGCCUUCCCUUCAGUAUCUGUACCUGCAUGAUAAUCAGAUCAAAUAUUUGAACCGUGGACUGUUUGACGACUUGACUCAGCUGUACGAUUUGAACCUGGGCGGGAACCACCUGUCGUCACUUCCGCUGGGGAUUUUCAAGCCACUGCGGAGCCUGGCGAGGCUUUUCCUGUACCAGAACAGGUUUUACCGCCUUGAAGAGGGCGUGUUUGCGGGACUGAAGAGCGUAGAGCUGCUGUGGUUCCACGGUAACAAACUGGCCCUGCUACCCAGGAAGGUGUUGAGUGAUCUACCCAAACUACAAGUCAUUGAGCUGGACGCAAAUCUACUGGAGAUGUUCCAUGGGGACGCCUUAAAGCAGAACAAGGAACUUGUCACCCUCAGCAUGCAGAGUAAUAAAAUUACAACAGUGAAACCAGAGCUGCUCUCUCACCUUCACAAAUUGCGCCAUCUUUACAUUCAGCAGAACUCAAUCAAAAACAUCAAUUCUACAAGCUUUCAGGGAUUGGCACAGCUGGAAAUCCUGCUGCUGCAGAAGAACAACCUCCAUGAAGUGCCUGACAAUGCAUUCCACGAGCUUCAUCAACUGUCUCAUCUAGACCUUAGCGAUAACUACAUCCGUGCUGUCCAGGAGGGUGCCUUUAACGGGCUACGGUCGCUCACUCAACUGUCACUUCAAGGGAACAAGUUGCAUCAGAUCCCUGAAGCAGCAUUUUUUGGCUUAGAAAGCCUUAGUCACUUAAUUCUGGCUGGAAAUGUGUUGGAACGACUGCCCGGAAGAAUGCUGCACGGUCAGUCACAACUGCUGGAGCUGUUGCUAGAAAACAACCAACUCAAGGACAUCCCAGAAUCCUUCCUUGAGGAUUGCUUGUCCUUGGAGAAGUUGUCUCUUGCCAACAAUCGUUUGAAUAGCUUGUCGAAGGACGUUUUGGCUCUACCACCUCUGACCCAUGUUCAGCUACAGGAGAAUCCGUGGAAGUGCGACUGUCACCUGAAAUGGUUGCGUGAGUGGAUGAGCACGACUGCCGUGGACUACAAACCGACUUUUGGUGCCUCAGCAGUGGCCAGCUGCAGCGAACCACUUAAACAUGCCGGCAAGCCAAUCAUGAUGGUGCCCGCAGUAGACUUCGUUUGUGACAAUAGCGAAAACCAACUCAAGGAAAAUGUGCAGUCUAAAGAAACUGACAGUGAGAUAGCCUCUAACAUUAUCUCCAGAGAAGGGUUGUUGCCAAUCGUUGUGAUUGAAACGACGGAAACUGUACAUUCCGGAGACGGAGAGUAAUGUAAUCAUGAAUACAUCAUACAUUAUCUAAUGUACCAA